GGCGGGCCGGCUUUCUUGUUGGCGAGUAGCGGUAAUUAGCGUACCGCUGCGUUUAAGGGCGCCAAGAUCUGCCCUGGAGGCUCAACAGUUUUGCUGCAGCUGCUUCACUUGAGCCCGGCACUCCACUAGGAGCCUGGAAGUGCAAGUUGGUGUUGAAAAGAAUCUGAAAAGUCAUCCAAGGACACUGCCAUUUCCCAAGAGAAGAGCCAAGAAGAGGAAAGAAUGGCUGUUGGACUUCUUAAAGCCAUGUACCAGGAGUUGGUGACCUUCAGAGAUGUGGCUGUAGACUUCUCCAGAGAAGAGUGGGAUUGUCUAAAUUCUUCUCAAAGGCAUCUGUACAGUAAUGUGAUGUUGGAGAAUUAUAGGAUCUUGGUGUCCCUAGGACUUUGCUUUUCUAAGCCAAGUGUGAUAUUAUUAUUGGAACAAGGGAAAGAGCCCUGGAUGGUGACGAGAGAGCUGGCCAAAGGCUUGUGCUCAGGCUGGGAAUCUAGGUGUGAGACUGAAGAAUUAACCUCAAAGCAAGAUAUUUAUGAAGCACAGUCAUCCCAGAAGAUUCUAGAAAAACUUACAAGCUGUGGCCUUGAGUAUUCCAGUUUAAGAGAAGAAUGGAAAUGUGAGGACCAUUUUGAGACACAGCCAGUAAAUCAGAAGGCAUGUUUCAAGGAAGAGACAAUCACUCAUGAAGAACCCCUUGUUAAUAAAAGAGCACAAGAAUAUAACAAAUCUUGGGGAAAUUUCCAUCUGAACACACUGCUUCAUACACAACAGAUAACCACCAAAGAGGAGAAAGUGCAUAAACAUGAUACACAUAAGAAAAGCUUUAAAAAAAAUUUAAUGGCCAUUAAGCCCAAGAGUAUCUAUACAGAGAAAAAACUUUUGAAAUGUAAUGACUGUGAAAAAGUCUUUAGCCAGAGCUCAUCUCUUACUCUUCAUCAAAGAAUUCAUACUGGAGAGAAACCAUAUAAAUGUGUAGAAUGUGGAAAAGCCUUCAGCCAGAGAUCAAAUCUUGUUCAACACCAGAGGAUUCAUACUGGAGAGAAACCCUAUGAAUGUAAGGAAUGUAGGAAAGCCUUCAGUCAGAAUGCACACCUAGUUCAGCAUCUGAGAGUUCAUACUGGAGAAAAACCUUAUGAAUGCAAAGUGUGUAGGAAAGCCUUUAGCCAGUUUGCUUACCUUGCUCAACAUCAGAGAGUUCAUACUGGAGAGAAGCCUUAUGAAUGUAUUGAAUGUGGAAAAGCAUUUAGCAAUAGAUCAUCCAUUGCUCAACACCAGAGAGUUCAUACUGGUGAGAAACCUUAUGAAUGUAGUGUCUGUGGGAAAGCAUUUAGCCUUCGUGCAUACCUUACUGUACACCAGAGAAUACAUACUGGAGAGAGACCCUAUGAAUGUAAGGAAUGUGGGAAGGCUUUCAGCCAGAAUUCACAUCUUGCUCAACAUCAGAGAAUUCAUACUGGAGAAAAACCUUAUAAAUGUCAAGAAUGUAGGAAAGCAUUCAGCCAGAUUGCCUACCUUGCCCAACAUCAAAGAGUUCAUACUGGAGAGAAACCCUAUGAAUGUAUUAAGUGUGGGAAGGCUUUUAGCAAUGACUCAUCCCUUACUCAGCAUCAGAGAGUUCAUACUGGAGAGAAGCCUUAUGAAUGUAACGUUUGUGGAAAGGCUUUCAGUUACUGUGGAUCCCUUGCACAACAUCAGAGAAUUCAUACUGGAGAGAGACCCUAUGAAUGUAAGGAAUGCAAGAAAACUUUCAGGCAGCAUGCACACCUUGCUCAUCAUCAGAGAAUCCAUCUUGGGGAGUCACUUUCACCACCCAAUCCAGUCAAUCACCAAGUUCUCUAGACACUAUCUCAUAAAUAUAUCCAGAAUUUAUAUUCUUUUUUUUCUAUCUCUAAAGUCACCGUAGAUUCAUCUCACCUCAAUCACCAUACUGUAGCUUUCCAAGAGGUCUUCUUAUAUCAACUUUUGAUCCCCUUAAAUUCAUUCCCACCAUGCCCCAAACUGAUUUUUUUGAGUAUAAGAAUACAUCACUGCCUCCAGUUAAAACUUUUUUUCUUUUUUGGCUUAUUAUUUUCUUAAGCUAAUAUCCUCAGUCUUUAAACUGUCUAUGAGGUGCUUCAUUAUCUGGCUCUUACAUACCUUUCAGUCUUAUUUUAUUUAUUCCAGUCUCCUUCACUGAGCACUAGGCACUUCCCAGGACUAAGAGCUUAGAUUCUGGAAAAUCAGCUCUACAACUGCUGUGGCAUUGUACGACUUUGAGUAAUUUGUUUGACUUAUCUAAACCUCAGGGUUUUCUUUAAUUCUUAAAAUAGGGAUAAUAAAGGAUACUGUAUUGUAGAACUGUGAUUAUUAAAUGAUAUAGUGUCUGUUGUAGACUGAUGCAUAUAAAGGAAUAAAUUUGCAUGUAAAGUGCUUCACGUAGCACAUCAAUUAUAGCAGAUAUUCAAUAAAUCAUAAUAGCUAACGUG